AAUGAAUUCUAAUUUUGAUGCAUGCUCGCUUGCACAAACUACACGAUCGAGUAUAUAAACCAGUAGCGCAGUACAUAGUCAUCGAUAACAACAGUCCCGACUCUUCAGGAAAAACAUUUCUGCACUAAGUCUGUUCCAUUGAUCUACAAAUUGUAUCUCGACCGUUAUAAUAACGCACCAAGAACAAUGCCCCCAACAAUCAUCGCAACCUGCAAGCAAACCCGCUUCCAUAUCCUCGAUCAAGCCUCUAAAGAAGUCGACGUAGAAGGCAUCACGAUCGCGGUUUCCUCGCCUCAGACCGCCGAAUCCUCCACCGCAGAUAUCAAAUCGAAGCGCAAGGCUAAAGCGGAAGCCAGAGAACUCAUCUCGGAUGCGCAUCUCCGUCUCAAAGCCGGCGUACAUUACGGCUUAGUAGGCCGUAACGGGACGGGGAAGUCGACGCUGUUACGCGCGAUAGCGGAUAAGCUGGUGCCGGGGAUUCCUCAUGCUACGCGACUUGCUAUCCUACAGCAGACGGAUGCGGAUCUGGAAAACGGCGAUAAUGGGCCCGGGGCCACUGAGGGUGAGGGCGAUAAAAGACUGGAUUUGCCGGUUCUGGAGUAUGUGUUGGCCGGUGAUGAGUAUAAGAAUGGAGUGGUGAGGAAGAUAGACAUCCUGUCGAAAAGUUUCGAGUCCGACGAUCCUCUACAGCCCGUGAAAGCUAUUCGGGCUGUUCGCCAUGAUGAGGCGGAAAGGGAGCUUUUCUUGGCGCGGAAAAUGGCGAGUCUGAGGAGUGGUGCGCGAGGACUGCAGGCACGGAAAGAUUUGAAAGCCGCUGAGGCGAGGCUUGAAGCUUCGGGGGAGGUGAUGAACCAGACUAAAGAGUUGACCAAUGCCGAGACGAUACAGAAAGAUACGCAGGCUGCGAUGGAUGCUUUGCAAGAGUUGCAGUCUAAGCUUGAAGCUAUGACGCUGGUCGACACUGAGCAGCAAGCACGCCACAUUCUCAGUGGUUUGGGAUUUCAUGAAUCGAUUCUCCGCAUGCCAGUCUCGCAGUUAUCCGGUGGUUGGCGCAUGCGAUGUAUGCUGGCCAGUGUGUUGAUACAGUCUCCGGAUAUCAUGAUUCUCGAUGAACCGACCAACUAUCUGGAUCUCCUGGGGAUCAUUUGGUUAGAGAAUUAUCUCCAAGGACUGCGGGAUAGUUCACAGACAACGAUUCUCAUGGUAUCCCACGACAGGGAUUUUGUGAACGCUGUCAGCGAGGAGAUCAUCAUUCUGAGAGACCAGAAGCUUACGUACUUCAGGGGUAACCUGUCCGCGUAUGAGAGGGAUGUGGAAGAACAGAAGCUGCGCUUCGGCCGCAUGAAGGAGGCACAGGAGCGCCAGACCGCACAUAUGGAGGCCACCAUCCGUGAAAACAUCAAGAUCGGCAAGAAGACCGGCGACGAGAACAAGUUGCGCCAAGCCAAGUCCCGACAAAAGAAGGUCGAUAAUCGCAUGGGCAUACAGGUGAAUGCUAACGGCGGACGCUUCAAACUAAAUCGUGAUCUAGUCGGUUACCACUUCACCGCGAGGGCAGAGAUCGAGGUCCCGGUGGACGAAAGAAAGCCGUCCAUAGUUCUGCCCCCUGCAACAGAGCUACGGUUUCCUGGUCCCUUGGUCUCGAUGGAAGGGGUUGGGUUCAGGUACAGUAAGCAACAGGCCACUGUGCUUGAUGGGGUCGAACUCGUGAUUCAUAUGGGAGAGCGCGUGGGAAUCAUGGGUCUCAACGGAUGCGGGAAGUCGACACUUAUACGUCUCCUCACUGGAAGCAGUGUACCGACGCAUGGCAAGAUUUCGACCCACCCAAGACUGAAGCUCGGGUACUACGCACAACAUUCGAUCGAAGAGCUUCAAGAACAAGGCAGAUCCAAGCUUGAUAUGACGGCUUUGACUCUGAUGGCGUCGGAGGUCAAUGGUGCGCUCAACGACGGCGAGAUCAGAGGUCUGUUAGCAACGCUAGGCCUUCAGGGUAGAGUCGUGUCUGACAUCCCCGUCUGUCGACUUUCAGGUGGCCAGUUGGUUCGUCUAGCGUUGGCCAGAGUCGUUUGGACCCGCCCACAUCUGCUCAUACUGGACGAAGUCACCACUCAUCUCGAUUUCGAUACCGUGACGGCUCUUUCUGCUGCGCUCUCUAUUUUUGAUGGUGCUAUCUUGCUUGUGUCUCAUGACCGAUAUAUGGUACGCUCAGUAAUUGAGGGCAAGCGAAGUGUAGAAGAGGGCAGGGAUGAGGGACUCGAGGAAGACAAGGGGUCGGACGCAUUAUCCAGUCAACGACGAGUUGUGUAUGUAUUGAAAUCAGGAAAGCUCAGGGAGCAGGAGGAAGGCGUGAUACAGUACGAGCGAAGCCUGGCGAAGGCUGUUCGGAGGAUGCUGCCGACCAUGGGCUAGGAGACUAGUGACUAGGGUGAUAUCAGACAGUUAGA